AAAAUCCACCCCCGAGAGAUCUGUGCGCGGGUUUCCCUUGAGGAUGAGGACUGAGAGGUCAGAUACUUUGUGAAAAGUGCUCACCCGUGGGAGACAGGGUGUUUUUGUCUUUUAUCAUUUGUCUGUGGGAGUUCAUUCGAGAGUGUAGUGUCUGUCUGGUUUCACCCACAUAGCUGUUAUUGGGGCAGUUAGCGCACAGCCCACCCUCAUCUGCUUUGUCCCUAGCCACCGUGCAAGUGGCCCAGACACCACAACUUGUUCCCAUCUCUUGACCAGAGGCUAGGACUUUGCAGGCAGGGGCAGGUGUGAGGCAUCCAGCACCCAGAUCUGUGUAAGGGAGAAUCCCUUCCAAGACUCUAGCCAGCAGGAGCAGCUGCAUCAGCGGGGACUUUUAAGCACUGAUGCCAUCACAGGGACUGCUCCAGUUCUAGAUAUUCUCAUCCCUCUGCUGAUUGGCUGCUGGCUUUAGACCCUUCCCUCAUGCUCUCACUCUACCUGCUCCCCUUAAUGCUCCUUCCCCCUUAGUUCACCCCUGCCUGCCUUAGUGCCUCCCUCAGCCAGCCACCCCCGCCCUGUCAUAAAUUUAAUGUAGAUAAAUAAAAAUAGAGCAAAAAAUACCCAAUACUGCAUUAUAACCCAACCAACCCUAUUUAUACUCCAAGCUAUUUGGGGAACAAUUGUGCUAGGUGAUCCAAUUUCAGUUUGGGGUCUCUAAGCAAGACACAAAACAUCAUGGUACUAACUUGACAUUAGCAAACCAUCACUCUGAUCGUAUUCAAGAUCACUUCCCUUAAUGAGCUUUGUGUUGUUUGUUUAGGCUCUGAUUCUACCAAGAUUUAUGCAAAUGCUCAAUUUUCAGCCUACAUGGUGUGGGAAGUUUUGGCAGGAUCUGGGUCUUCACUUGUAAGCUCUCCAAAGCACAGACUAUCUCAACAGCUGCCAAAUUUGGUACCGCUCCAUGUGCAACAUUUUAUAAAAGUUAUAUCACUGGUUAAUUUGCAUGCAAUCAUAAAUUCCACCUUAAUGCUAAAUCCCUACAAUUUUUAACUAUAUAUUUGGCAUGUAAGACAGGAGAGAAAGGACACAUUUCCUGAGCGCAGUAUCCGCUUUUAUUUUUUUAAAUAUUUCCAGUCUUCGUGGCUGGGAGAAAAGCUGGAUUCCCCCUCCACCCCUUUACGGAAUGAGAAAUGCUGCAGUGGGGAAGGCGUAACUAAAUGGUUUUGGGGAUGGGGAGGGGAACAUUCAACAACAGCCCUGAACUCUAAAUAUUUCCUAAAGCCAUCUUUUUUAAAAGUCACCCACACAUUCCAAAAUCAAUAGAUUAUUUUAAAAACCUUGUUAUUCUUAAAUAUCAUCCAGGGGUUCUUUUACUUGCUUCCCCAAACCUUUAGGGGGUCACGUUUUGACACUGGUGACUUCUGUUGCUGCUCUUCAAGCUCCUGGAGUCCAGUGAUCACAGAGAAAUCUCAGCUAUUACUUUAACCAGAGCAAGUGUCUGGCCCUGGCAUUUGCUGAGAAGCGCUGGAGAACCAGCCCUAUGUGCACCCUUAAAGGCACAGGCAGCAAGGGAAAGCCCCUAGUAUUGCUGUGUGAUAAAGGGGUGGGAUUGCUGGCCCGGGCUGUGAUGGGAAAGUGCCCCAGGAUGUCCUGCAGGAACGGGGAACAUGGAUUGGACUGGCCCCCCACACAGCUGGGAACAGGAGUGAUACAACCACAGAGUGGCCAAGUCCUCCAGCAGCUAGAGAGGCUCAGAAGUGCCCUGUGUGGGGGGGAGCGUGUUAACGAGAGCCUUCAUCCGAACUGGGGCCAGGCUGAGGGGCUCCCUGCACUGCCUGCACAGGGUCAAGUGAGUGAGUGCCUGGAUUCUCUUAUUUCAGCAGAUGGGAUCAUGAGUGAGAAGGAGGCGGAGAGCCCUCUGCAGGGAGGUCCUGAGGAAGGGGCUAAACCCAAAGGGAACAUCACCCAGGAAGUCGGCUCAGACAGUCCUGGCGGGUCGGAGUUGCUGGGGGGAAACGACAGAGAGCAGCAGCUACUGGGCAGAUCCCCCCUCUGGGGGAGAGGGCUCCAAUCCAAAGAGAAACGCUACAAUUGCACUGACUGUAACAAGAGCUUCAGCCAGAGCUCCCACCUCAUCCGGCACCAGGGCACCCACACGGGCGAGCGCCCCUACAAGUGCUCUGACUGUGGGAAGAGUUUCACCCAGAACUCCAACCUUGCCCAGCACCAGCGGGUACACACAGGCGAGCGCCCCUACCAGUGCCUCGACUGCGACAAAAGCUUCACCCAGAGCUCCCACCUGACGGAGCACCAGCGCGUGCACCAGGGUGUCAAGCCCUACAAGUGCACCAACUGCAACAAGAGCUUCAGCCAGAGUUCCCACCUCCUGCGGCACCAGGGCACCCACACAGGCGAGCGCCCCUACAAGUGCCCUGACUGCGGGAAGAGCUUCAGCCAAAACUCCAACCUGGUGCAGCACCAGCGCAUCCACACGGGUGAGCGCCCCUACAAGUGCGGAGAGUGUGGGAAGAGCUUCAGCUGGAGCUCCAACCUCAUUGAGCACCAGCGCGUGCACACGGGCGAGCGGCCAGACAAGUGCCCCGACUGUGGGAAGAGCUUCACCCGCAGCUCUGCACUCAUCCAACACCGACGCAUCCACAAGGGGCUGAGGCCCUACAAGUGCACGCAGUGUGGGAAGAGCUUCAACAAGAGCUCCCACCUCAUCCGGCACCAGGGCACCCAUGCCGCUGGAGAGCUGCCCUGCACAUGCACCAGUUGUGGGAAGAGCUUCACCCGGAGCAUCCAGCAGAGGCCACGGCCACACCACUGUGCUGAGUGUGAGACACGCUUCUCCCGCAUUGCUGGCUGCCAGCCACGAGCUGAUGUGGCAGUGAAGCCCUACAAGUGCGGGGAGUGUGGUAGGAGCUUCGGGCGCAGCUCGUACCUGGUGCAGCACCAGCGCAUCCACACGGUCGACAGACCCUACAAGUGCGGGGACUGUGGGAAGGGCUUCGGGGUCAGUGCCCACCUCACCCGGCACCAGCUCAGCCAUGCAGGUGACCGGCUGUACCGAUGUCCCCAGUGUGGAAAGACCUUUGGGGAGAGCACAAAGCUGCUGAGCCAUGCGGGUGAGCGUCCCUACCAGUGCCCUGACUGUGAGAAGAGCUUCUGCAAAAGUUCUCACCUGGUCAGCCACCAGCGCACCCACACUGGAGAGCGGCCCUACCGCUGCACCAUCUGUGGCAAAAGCUUCUGCCAGAGCUCCCACCUCAUCCGGCACCAGGGCACCCACACGGGGGAGCGCCCCUACAAGUGCUCCAACUGUGAGAAGAGCUUCACCCAGAGCUCCAACCUCGCCCAACACCAGCGCAUCCACACGGGGGAGCGCCCCUACCAGUGCACUGAUUGCGGGAAGAGCUUCAGCUGGAGCUCCAACCUCAUAGAGCACCAGAGAACCCACCUAGCACAGAAACCCUGAACAUGGGGUGGGCUAACGUGUCUGUUUGCUGAGCAAGCUCCCAACGCUGCAGUAAACAGCAUGGGGCCAGCAGGACACUUAAUGGGAGUGUACAAUGCCAAAGACUAGAAACCCUCCUCCUUCACACUGCCAGAGGUGGCUGCCUGUCUCAGCCUCGCCUGUUGCAAGAUCCGGGAGAUGAUGCCACUUGCCACAGGAGCUGUAAUAAGGCAAGUCUAAGGGGGUCUAACAUAUGCAUUCUUUCAACCUCAUAUGGACAGGCUGUCUACAUAGACUGGCAGACAGAAUGCAGGCCAUUUCAGUCCCAUGGGCAGCUCACUAGCAUUUGUUCUUUCUUUUUGUCUAGUCUGGCCAGACUCCAUCCCAGGAUUUUAAUUCCUGUUGGCUACCUAGAUUCUAUUCCCAUUUUUUUAAAUUUGCUUUUAAUACUGUAUUUCCUGUUGUAUUGCAGUCUCUCUCCAUAUGAAAUAAAACCUGCUCCAGCAUACCCAUUUUCCA